AAGGUAUACCUAUAUUAUUAUGUGUAAUAUUUUGAGCUUACCUCCUAAAUAAUAACACCGCUAAUAAGCAGCACGAACACAAAACUUUUAAGUCUUUGUUAAAGGUUAAAAAUACUGUUUUUCUCAGUUCUCGCCACUCAAGCACAUACAAUUUUAAAGUAGUUGUUAAAGCUUAAAAACACUGUUUUGUCCAAAUUUUUUUUUAGAGAAAUACAAUUAACACAAACAUUAGCGCACUACUCACGGGUUUAAAUUAUUUUAAUUGUUCAAACAACACAAAAUACAACGGUUUAAUACGCCUUCAAAUGCAUUGACAGAAUACACAAAAAGCGCUAGAGGACUUCGCUUACGUCAGAAGCGACCACGUGCGAUCGAUAAUUUUGGCAAACCUAUGUCUUAUGGGAUUACGCAAUCCUAUUCAACCAAUAUAAUAUAGUUGUCUAUGAUCCUAUUAGGUUUACGAUUCGUGGUUGAGACCAUAUAAUGUUUAAAUCGACAAAUACUCAUUCUUUGCAUAUCCGUUAAUUUAAAUUUAAUUUAACCUCUUAAAAUGAAUAGCAACCCCAUCAGUACAGAAAUAAAAGCCAAAUCGAAGUUAUUGUACGAUUUGCUACAAGAUUUAAAUCAUGUUAAAGAAAUUUUGCCUUGGUUUAAGGAUUUUUGUAAAUACCUAAGUGAGACUAUUAUCUGUAUUAAGGAAUGGUGUAUGGAGAUACCACGGGAAAGCUAUUCAAAGAACAGCUUAAUAUUAUAUUUGCUCCAAUUGGUGGCGAUCCUUGCCAACUUGAUUAACAUAUUUGUAAAGGAAUUUGAGCUCAAGCAGCAAAUUAACCAGUCUAGAAAUUUUAUCAAAAAGAACCUUAUCAACUGCCUCGAUGGAAUUAUUGAUGUUUUAAUAUCACAAAAAAGUGUAGUCCAGUCAAGUAAUUUUAUAACCUUCAUGGAUUCAGCUUUAGACAAAAUUCACAGUUUACCUUGCAGUGAAGAUGGACAUCUAGUGAAAAAUUUUUUUGACUGCAAAAGUAUAUUUGAAGAUGUAUUGGGUCAUGCAAUGUCAAUCGCCCAAGUUGCAUUAAUAGAAGACAGCAAAAUUAUUAGAGGCAGUGCACAGAUGGUACUUGAAGCAUUAGACUUACUAUUUAGAGAAAUUCAUAAGCACCCAUUAAAUAAGGCAAUGGUUCAAUUGUACAGCAAUUUGUGCAACGAUCGUUUGUGUUCCCUGGAAAGAAAAAUAAAUAACACAAUACUAAAAUUAGCAUUAAAGGUCUUUUUAGAAUACACAGAUCACAUUGAAGCAAUUGCAACAUUUUGUUUAAAUAACAGCAAUAGGCAUAAUAUGGAGGAGUUGGAUGCUAAAGUAGUUGAUUUUGACUUGCACGUUGAUCGCAUAAUACAGAUUGGAUUGUUUGCUGUUUCGUGCUGUUCAAAUACAUAUGAUGGCGUAAAAAUACAAAGUUGCCUGGCAAGCCUUGAAGCAUUGGAAACUGAACUUGUACCUGCAUUUACAGCAGUAUUGAAGAAUCCAACAAAUGAAAAUUUAUCGCACUCUUUUAUACUGAAGCUAAAUUGGCUACACCAAGCAAAUAAAUUAAAAACAUACAUUUUUCACGUUAUAGAUCCUUACGCAUUUUGCAAGAUUGUAUCCAUAGAGGCAAAUCAAUACAUCGAACAAAUUUCUGAAGCUAUAAGAUCAGAGAGUUUCUCAGACAUAAAUAAACUAGUUCAAGAGCUAAUAAAAGUAUCCAAUGUUUUAAAUAUGUUCAUCAGCACUACUUUGGAACGGUCAGAUAAUAACAUUGAGAAAAUAAAACCAAUUUUUGACAAUUUUUUAAAAGUUCAUCAUGAAGUAAAGAGUGCAAAAGAUAUUUUAUUAAAAGAACCUUGCCGACAUCCUGAAAGCUUUCUAAGGGUCUUAAAGAGGUGUAAAUUAUUAGGAAAUCAGAUGAAAGCAAUGUAUUGCUUUUUGGAGGAGGAGUCUGUACCAGAGAAAAGUAAUAAUAGUCUACAAUUACCUACACUAGAAUCUAACAAACAACAAAAACAAAGUGUUGGUUUUCCUUUAAUUGAACAUAUUAUUAAUCGCGGGCAGCAGAUAUUACAGGAAAGAAGUAUUCUAUAUCCAUCUAAAAUUAACAAAGUUGAUGGAGAAAAUAUGCUUCAACCAAAUUUAUUUAACUCCAAGUGUAAAAGUUUGAGAAAAAUGAGUUUUAUCAAUGUAUUGGUUAAGAAGGAAGCCUCAUUUGAUUUACAAAUAACUGAUAUUUUGAAUGAAUUAACAAUCAUAGGUUCAAGCUUCAAGGAAUAA